AUGAGGGCUGAGCGUACUUUGGAUCGAAUUGACUGUCUUGAACCACUUGGGAAACUCCUUAAUAAAUGCAAUGGUAUCGUGCGAGUUCAAAUGUUGUUCGCGGCCAUAGCACUAGGCCUUCUCCUGGCCAACGUUGGCGCUGAGCCGGAAUGCCUCACCUUCCAUGCAUUGGGCGAAUUGUAUAAAGAAUUCAACCUACAGUUCAUCAAUAAUGGACUGGAGUAUGACCCUACGCUCAUUUCUUACGCCUGCGACGAAGCGAAGAAUCCAGGAACCACUACCAUACCUAACAAAUUCACCGGCGUGAAAGGACUUUCCCAAGCGGCUCAAGUCAGCCAGUUCGAUCCAAAGUACGCUCAGCCCUUAUGGCCGGCUUAA